AUGGCGACUCAACAGUUGAUAGCAGAGCACCAAGAAGGAGCCGAGAUCCACCAUGGCGCCAAUCUUUGCAAGCAAAAAUGUCAGGAAUUUCUCCAAGAACUCAACCUUCCUAAAGGUCUUCUCCCACUCAACGACCUCACCGAGAUGGGUUAUAACCGCGCCACUGGUUUCGUUUGGCUCAAGCAAAAUAAACGUUACGAACACAAGUUCCAUGCCAUCGGACGCACCGUUGCCUACGAAACCAAAUUAACGGCGUUUGCUGAGAACCGUCGGAUGCGUAAAAUUAGUGGAAUUAAAAGCAGUGCGCUGUUCAUGUGGGUGAAGAUUGGUGAAAUGUCCAUAGAUGAUCCUAGUUCUGGGAAGGUGAAGUUCACUAGCGCAGCUGGUCUCUCCCUGUCCUUCCCAAUCUCUGCGUUCGAGAUAGAAGAGAAGGACCACAAGUAA